AAUCUAACGCUCAUCAAAGAGAGGUUAUGUUUAUUAGAUCAGCUUUGUAUGUAAAUCAGCUUUGAAUGCGGCAAGGAAAAGUCAGAAAAGGUCGCUUGACAGUGAAAUAAUUCCAUAUUUUAAAGGAUUUUGAUUUCAAACUUGUCAGUGGUAGCAGUACAAAUCAGGUGAAAUUUCAUAUCCUACCCCUGCCGAAGUCUCUUGACCUGUGAACAUGGCUGACGAAGAUUUUGAACCCGAUGACAUUGCAGACGAAUUUGAAGAAGAUGACCAGAUGGAAGAGGAUAUUGCAGAUAAUGAGGAGGAGGCAGAAAACAUUGAAAUUCUUCCUGCUGCAGAAGGCGGUAGUGUGAACAAAGCCAAUCGAAUCACAACACGGUAUAUGACAAAGUAUGAACGAGCCAGAGUAUUGGGAACGCGUGCUCUACAAAUUGCUAUGUGUGCUCCCGUUAUGGUUGAACUUGAAGGGGAAACAGACCCCCUACAAAUUGCAAUGAAAGAGUUGAAACAGCGGAAAAUCCCUAUCAUCAUUCGGCGGUAUUUACCAGAUCACAGCUACGAGGACUGGAGCAUUGAUGAGCUGAUCAUCAUAGACACAUAAUCUUUUCCCCGCUUUUCUUUUCAAUUUUACCUGUUUUCAUAAGUCACUCAUUCCUGAUUCUGUAUGUCUUCUCUUGUAUUUUUAUGUUAUUUUAGGAUUCUGUAAAUAAUUUCUCAAUGAAGUGAUUUGCUUCCUCCAA